GCCCGAUGCCGCACACGGGCACCCACACGCCGCCGCAGGCGAGCCCGCCGCUCUCGUCGAGCUUCGGCGGCGCCUCGUCGCCUCCACCCGCGGUCGCCGCCGUCGCCAACAACUCGGCCGCGCAGCAGCAACUGCGACCACCGCGAGCGUCGUCGACGUCGCCCCAUCCGACUCCACGAGAGCAGGACCCGUUCCUCGCCCAGACGGCCGCCAUCCCGCUCAGCGAGCGCGACCGCCAAGAAGGCUACGACGUCGAGCUCCUCAAUGCCCGCCCGCGCGGCCGCUACUCGAGCGACCUGGGCGCCGGUGGUGGCGACGACGACUCGCUCGGUGGCGGCCGGGAGAAGUACGGCUCGGGCCUGGCGGCGGUUCACUCGCACCCGGGCCUCGGUGGCGGCGGCGAGGGAGCGGCGGCACCAGCAGUUCCCGCCCUCGGCGCGCUCGGAGGUGCCGGCCUCGGGCCAGUCGGCAGUGGGGCAGGGCUCGCAGCAGGGCCAGGAGUGUCGUACGGCGCCAUGCAGCACGGCGGGCCAGGUGCGCCAGCAGGCGCGGCGGCCAAGGAGUACGGCGCCGACUCGUCCGGCGGCCACUCGGGCGCGACGGCUCACAGCGGCAAGCGGCGCCGCCCGUGGUACCUGCGCCCCUUGACGCUCCUCAUCCUCGCCCUCUUCAUCGUCGCCGUCGCGCUCGCCGUCGGCCUCGGCGUCGGCCUCUCGGAGCGCGACUCGCGCGACAAGUCGGACGACCUCUCGGCCUCGUCGGCCAACAGCACCUUGCGCUCGCGCCUGUCGACGUCCCGCACUCGAUCCCCAACCGCCUCGACCGGGCUUGUCAUCCCCUCGUCCGACACGUCGUUCUGGUCGUCGCUCGCGACCGGCACCGACGAGUCGUCGUCGGGCGCCGCCGACGAGACGGCCUCGGGCAUCUCGACCAACGCGCCGUCGAGCAUCACGUCGAUCCCGUCGCCCGUCACGGCGACGACGCUCGCGACGACGGGCAAUCUCCCGAUCCCGGCCAACAGCUCGACCGUCAUCUCGGGCACCACCAUCUCGGUCCUGUCCAACACCGACGAGUCGACGACGGCGAGGGCGACGGCGGCCGCGCGCAUGCGCCGCACCAUGCUCUUCACCGCAUGAGCCCCCAUCCCCUCCCUGCAUCUUCUCGCUGUACCCUCCACCCUCAUCGGCGCGGCGUCGCCCAUCGUCGUCGUCGUGGUCGUCGUCGUUCGUCUGCUCGGACGCCGGAUAUACCCUCGCCUCGCCCCUUCCCGCCGUCCCUCCCUCUCGCACCUCUCUUUCCCACGCCGCCCGUCACUCGUCACACCCGCACCCUCGGUCCCACCUCGCUCUCAUACCCUAGUUGCUCGCGCCCCCUCUUGCCCUUUCCCUCGUUGUCUUUCUUCCACCCUUCUCUCUCCCUCGCCCGCGCCGUCUCUCUCCUGGUUAUCCCUCAGACAGACCCUCUCUCUCACUCUCUCGCUCUCGUCGCGCCGUAGUCGUCGUCGUUCCCCCGCAGCAUCGCGCCUCUCUUUGUGCAACCCUCGCCUCGCGUUCACUCGUGCCCCCUC